AUGGCUUGGUCCGAUAUCAAACAAUAUGUUGGCAGCAAAAAUGUGAAAUGGAGUGUUACUAAAUGUAUAGAAAUAAUUCAAGAAAAAGUUUUACUGAUGGGUGCAUGGGACUGGCUAAAGUUAUGCAAAAAGGUGAACGACAUAGAGGAGCAAUAUGCAAAGAGUGACCAUGUCGCGGACUUGGUAACAGAAACAUUUAUUAUUUCCGUUGAUGAUUCUGAUGACGAUGAUGCUACUAGUACCGACGACAGAAGUAGCCCUGAGACCUGA